AGAUACGCAAAUCUAUUCCGCCGUAAAGCAGGUUUGUGAAUUAGAGCGUAGUUCGUUCAUCGUGUGGCCGCCGUUGUUCAUCGUGCAGACGGAAAACCAAAGCAGCGGCGUGCGAGGAAACAAAAACAUAUUUCAUAGAAAAGGAGAUGUUGUGGUAGCCGACUGAGUGUGGUGAACGGCUGUUGAAAAAUUUUCUUUUGGAAAAGGGUAGAGAGGAGUGACGCACCAUGGCGGCCACCUUCCCCUACAGAGGGGUCCCCCCGGCGAUGCCUCCAGGUGUACCCCCGCCUCCUGCACCAAUUCCUGACUACAUGACUGAAGAAAAACUGCAAGAAAAGGCGAGAAAAUGGCAGCAGUUGCAGGCCAAGCGUUACUCGGAAAAGAGGAAGUUUGGCUUCGUGGAUGCACAGAAAGAAGAUAUGCCACCUGAGCAUGUGCGCAAGAUCAUCAGGGACCACGGUGACAUGACCAACAGAAAGUUUCGCCAUGAUAAGAGGGUCUACCUCGGUGCCCUCAAGUACAUGCCCCAUGCAGUGCUGAAGCUGCUGGAGAACAUGCCAAUGCCUUGGGAACAGAUCAGAGAUGUGCCUGUUCUCUACCACAUUACUGGAGCCAUUUCCUUUGUGAAUGAAAUUCCCUGGGUCAUUGAACCAGUUUAUAUUGCCCAGUGGGGUGCAAUGUGGAUCAUGAUGCGUCGUGAAAAGCGUGAUCGUCGGCACUUCAAGCGAAUGCGUUUUCCACCAUUUGAUGAUGAGGAGCCGCCACUGGACUAUGCUGACAACAUCCUCGAUGUGGAACCAUUAGAAGCCAUCCAGAUGGAACUGGACCCUGAGGAGGACAGUUCAGUUGCAGAGUGGUUCUAUGAGCACCAGCCUCUCAAAGACAGUAACAAGUUUGUGAAUGGCACCACAUACCGACGCUGGCAGUUUACACUGCCCAUGAUGUCUACGCUGUACCGUUUGGCCAAUCAGCUUCUGACAGACCUGGUAGACGGCAACUACUUUUACUUGUUUGACCUCAAGGCCUUCUUCACCUCCAAGGCCUUGAAUAUGGCAAUCCCUGGAGGACCAAAGUUUGAGCCAUUGGUCCGAGACAUCAACUUGCAGGAUGAAGACUGGAAUGAAUUCAACGACAUCAACAAAAUCAUCAUUCGCCAGCCAAUCAGAACAGAGUACAAAAUUGCAUUUCCUUACCUGUACAACAACUUGCCACACCAUGUUCACCUAACUUGGUAUCAUACACCAAAUGUAGUGUUCAUCAAAACUGAGGAUCCCGAUCUUCCAGCGUUCUACUUUGAUCCUCUAAUCAACCCCAUUUCACACAGACAUUCAGUCAAGAGCCAAGAGCCUCUGCCAGAUGACGAUGAGGAGUUUGAACUCCCUGAGUAUGUCGAGCCUUUCCUCAAAGAGACUCCACUCUACACAGACAACACAGCCAAUGGCAUUGCUCUUCUGUGGGCACCAAGACCCUUCAACCUCCGAUCUGGUCGCACAAGGCGUGCCAUUGAUAUCCCUCUGAUCAAGAACUGGUACCGUGAGCACUGUCCUGCAGGGCAGCCAGUUAAAGUGCGUGUAUCGUACCAAAAACUGCUCAAGUACUACGUGCUCAAUGCCCUGAAACACAGACCACCCAAGGCCCAGAAAAAGAGGUAUCUGUUCCGCUCCUUUAAGGCCACAAAGUUCUUUCAGUCCACCAAGUUGGACUGGGUGGAGGUUGGCCUUCAAGUGUGCAGACAGGGUUACAACAUGCUCAAUCUUCUCAUCCACCGAAAGAACCUCAACUACCUGCAUCUGGACUACAACUUCAACCUGAAGCCUGUUAAGACCCUGACCACAAAGGAGCGUAAAAAGUCCAGAUUCGGAAACGCUUUUCACUUGUGCAGAGAGGUGCUACGUCUAAGCAAACUGGUAGUGGACAGUCACGUGCAGUACAGAUUGGGAAAUGUUGACGCUUUCCAGUUGUCUGAUGGACUGCAGUACAUCUUUGCUCAUGUCGGGCAGCUGACGGGCAUGUACCGCUACAAGUACAAGCUGAUGCGACAGAUCAGAAUGUGCAAAGACUUGAAGCAUCUCAUCUACUACAGGUUCAACACUGGUCCUGUGGGCAAAGGUCCAGGUUGUGGGUUCUGGGCUCCUGGCUGGAGAGUGUGGCUGUUCUUCAUGAGAGGCAUCACCCCUCUGCUUGAGAGGUGGCUGGGUAACCUGUUGGCCAGGCAGUUUGAAGGACGUCACUCCAAGGGUGUUGCCAAGACGGUGACCAAACAGCGUGUGGAGUCUCACUUUGACCUUGAGCUGCGAGCUGCAGUAAUGCACGACAUCUUGGACAUGAUGCCCGAAGGUAUCAAACAGAACAAGGCCAGGACUAUCCUGCAACAUCUGAGUGAAUCCUGGAGGUGCUGGAAGGCCAACAUCCCUUGGAAGGUGCCAGGUCUGCCCACUCCAAUUGAAAACAUGAUCCUGCGGUACGUGAAGGCCAAAGCCGAUUGGUGGACCAACACCGCCCACUACAACCGUGAGAGAAUCCGUCGUGGUGCCACUGUGGACAAGACAGUGUGUAAGAAGAACUUGGGCAGACUGACACGUCUCUACCUGAAAGCAGAGCAGGAGCGGCAGCACAACUACCUGAAGGAUGGACCCUACAUCACAGCUGAAGAAGCAGUGGCCAUUUACACCACCACUGUUCACUGGCUUGAGAGUCGUCGCUUCUCCCCCAUCCCUUUCCCUCCCCUGUCCUACAAACAUGACACCAAGCUUCUCAUUCUGGCCUUGGAGAGGCUCAAAGAAGCCUACAGCGUAAAGUCUCGUCUGAACCAGAGUCAGAGAGAAGAGCUGGGACUGAUAGAGCAGGCGUACGACAAUCCCCACGAGGCCCUGUCCAGGAUUAAACGUCAUCUGCUCACACAGAGAGCAUUCAAAGAGGUGGGUAUCGAGUUCAUGGACUUGUACAGCCACCUGGUGCCCGUGUACGAUGUGGAGCCACUGGAGAAGAUCACAGACGCUUACCUGGAUCAGUACCUGUGGUACGAGGCAGACAAACGGCGUCUGUUCCCACCAUGGAUCAAACCAGCAGACACCGAACCACCACCACUGCUCGUCUACAAGUGGUGCCAAGGCAUCAACAACUUGCAGGAUGUGUGGGAGACGACAGAAGGAGAGUGCAACGUAAUGCUGGAGUCACGCUAUGAGAAAAUGUAUGAGAAGAUCGAUUUGACGUUACUCAACAGGCUGCUGCGUCUCAUUGUGGACCACAACAUUGCUGACUACAUGACAGCAAAGAACAACGUGGUCAUCAACUACAAGGACAUGAACCACACCAACUCCUACGGAAUCAUCAGAGGUCUCCAGUUUGCCUCCUUCAUUGUGCAGUACUAUGGCCUUGUGAUGGACCUCCUGGUGCUGGGUUUGCACCGUGCCAGUGAGAUGGCUGGUCCACCACAGAUGCCCAACGACUUCCUCAGUUUUCAGGACACAACCACAGAAAGUGCUCACCCGAUCCGUCUGUACUGUCGCUACAUUGACCGGAUCCACAUCUUCUUCAGAUUUUCUGCUGAUGAGGCCAGGGAUCUGAUUCAGAGGUACCUGACUGAGCAUCCUGACCCGAACAAUGAGAACAUUGUAGGUUACAACAACAAGAAGUGCUGGCCCAGAGAUGCUCGCAUGAGACUGAUGAAGCAUGACGUCAACCUUGGUCGUGCAGUGUUCUGGGACAUCAAAAAUCGUCUGCCCAGGUCUGUGACCACGGUACAGUGGGAGAACAGCUUUGUAUCAGUCUACAGCAAAGACAAUCCCAACUUGCUCUUCAACAUGUGUGGCUUUGAGUGUCGCAUCCUCCCCAAGUGCCGCACCAGCUAUGAGGAGUUCACUCACAAAGAUGGUGUCUGGAACCUGCAGAAUGAAGUAACUAAAGAAAGAACAGCGCAGUGUUUCCUGCGUGUGGAUGACGAAUCAAUGCAGCGCUUCCACAACAGAGUUCGUCAGAUCCUGAUGGCAUCUGGAUCCACCACAUUCACAAAGAUUGUGAAUAAAUGGAACACAGCUCUUAUUGGUCUGAUGACGUACUUCCGUGAAGCAGUUGUCAACACCCAGGAGCUCCUGGACCUGCUGGUGAAGUGCGAAAACAAAAUCCAGACACGUAUCAAGAUCGGUCUGAACUCCAAAAUGCCCAGUCGCUUCCCACCUGUGGUCUUCUACACUCCCAAAGAACUGGGAGGUCUGGGAAUGUUGUCCAUGGGCCAUGUCCUGAUUCCACAGUCAGAUCUGCGGUGGUCUAAGCAGACAGAUGUGGGCAUCACCCACUUCAGGUCUGGAAUGAGUCACGAAGAAGAUCAGCUGAUUCCAAACUUGUAUCGUUACAUUCAGCCAUGGGAAAGCGAGUUCAUUGACUCUCAGAGAGUGUGGGCUGAGUACGCACUGAAGAGGCAGGAGGCCAUUGCUCAGAACAGACGUCUAACCCUGGAGGACUUGGAGGACUCAUGGGACAGAGGAAUUCCUCGCAUCAACACGCUUUUCCAGAAGGACAGACAUACACUGGCCUAUGACAAAGGCUGGAGAGUCAGGACAGAUUUCAAGCAGUACCAGGUGCUGAAGCAAAAUCCCUUCUGGUGGACUCACCAGAGGCACGACGGCAAACUGUGGAACCUGAACAACUACCGCACAGACAUGAUCCAGGCUCUGGGUGGUGUGGAGGGAAUCCUGGAGCACACGCUCUUCAAAGGCACAUACUUUCCCACCUGGGAGGGUCUGUUUUGGGAGAAGGCCAGUGGUUUUGAGGAAUCCAUGAAAUGGAAAAAACUGACCAAUGCCCAGAGGUCUGGUCUCAAUCAGAUUCCCAACCGUCGCUUCACACUUUGGUGGUCACCAACCAUCAACAGAGCCAACGUGUACGUUGGUUUCCAGGUGCAGCUUGAUUUGACAGGAAUCUUCAUGCACGGCAAGAUCCCUACACUGAAGAUCUCCCUCAUUCAGAUCUUCAGAGCUCACUUGUGGCAGAAGAUUCACGAGAGCAUCGUCAUGGAUCUUUGUCAGGUGUUUGACCAGGAGUUGGACGCUCUGGAGAUUGAAACUGUACAGAAAGAGACCAUUCACCCCAGGAAGUCGUACAAGAUGAACUCGUCCUGUGCCGACAUUCUUCUCUUUGCGUCAUACAAAUGGAAUGUCUCUCGUCCGUCGCUGCUUGCCGACUCAAAAGACGUGAUGGACAGCACCACCACGCAGAAGUACUGGAUCGAUAUCCAGCUCAGAUGGGGUGACUAUGACUCUCAUGACAUUGAGCGAUACGCCAGGGCCAAGUUCCUGGACUACACUACCGACAACAUGAGUAUCUACCCCUCCCCCACCGGUGUGCUCAUUGCUAUUGACCUGGCUUACAAUCUGCACAGUGCCUACGGUAACUGGUUCCCUGGAAGCAAACCUCUGAUCCAACAGGCCAUGGCGAAGAUCAUGAAGGCCAACCCUGCCCUCUAUGUGCUGAGGGAGCGCAUCCGCAAAGGUCUGCAGUUGUACUCCUCAGAACCCACUGAGCCGUACCUGUCCUCACAGAACUACGGUGAACUCUUCUCCAACCAGAUCAUCUGGUUUGUGGACGACACUAACGUCUACAGAGUCACCAUCCACAAGACCUUUGAGGGUAACUUGACCACAAAACCGAUCAAUGGAGCCAUUUUCAUCUUCAACCCCAGGACUGGUCAGCUGUUCCUCAAGAUCAUUCACACAUCUGUGUGGGCUGGUCAGAAACGUCUCGGACAGUUGGCAAAAUGGAAAACUGCUGAAGAAGUGGCUGCUCUGAUUCGCUCCCUUCCUGUGGAGGAACAGCCCAAACAGAUCAUCGUUACCAGAAAAGGCAUGCUGGACCCUCUGGAGGUUCACUUGCUUGACUUCCCCAACAUUGUGAUCAAAGGCUCUGAGUUGCAGCUGCCUUUCCAGGCCUGUCUGAAGGUGGAGAAGUUCGGAGACCUGAUCCUGAAGGCGACAGAACCUCAAAUGGUGCUGUUCAACCUUUAUGAUGACUGGCUGAAGACCAUUUCCUCCUACACAGCUUUCUCCCGACUCAUCCUGAUCCUCAGAGCGCUCCAUGUCAACAACGACCGUGCCAAGGUGAUCCUCAAGCCAGACAAAACAACCAUCACUGAGCCACAUCACAUUUGGCCCACACUCACUGACGAGGAGUGGAUCAAGGUGGAGGUGCAACUCAAGGAUCUAAUUCUGGCUGAUUACGGCAAAAAGAACAAUGUGAACGUGGCUUCUCUAACCCAGUCUGAGAUUCGUGACAUCAUCCUGGGCAUGGAGAUUUCCGCUCCGUCACAGCAGCGCCAACAAAUCGCUGAGAUCGAGAAACAGACCAAAGAGCAGUCGCAGCUGACGGCCACGCAGACACGGACUGUCAACAAGCACGGAGACGAAAUCAUCACCUCCACCACCUCCAACUACGAGACCCAGACCUUCUCCUCCAAGACUGAGUGGCGAGUGAGAGCCAUAUCUGCUGCUAACCUCCAUCUUCGAACAAACCACAUCUAUGUGUCAUCUGACGACAUCAAGGAGACAGGAUACACCUACAUCCUGCCCAAAAAUGUCCUCAAAAAGUUCAUCUGCAUCUCAGAUCUGCGAGCGCAGAUUGCGGGUUACCUUUACGGUACCAGCCCACCAGACAACCCCCAGGUGAAGGAGAUUCGAUGUAUUGUGAUGGUACCACAGUGGGGCACACAUCAGACCGUCCACCUGCCCAACCAGCUGCCCAGUCACGAGUAUCUGAAGGAAAUGGAGCCUCUCGGUUGGAUCCACACACAGCCUAACGAGUCACCUCAGCUGUCCCCACAGGACGUCACCACUCAUGCAAAGGUCAUGGCUGACAACCCGUCCUGGGAUGGAGAAAAGACCAUCAUCAUCACCUGCAGCUUCACCCCCGGCUCAUGCACGCUCACAGCCUACAAGCUGACGCCAAGUGGCUACGAGUGGGGUCGACAGAACACAGACAAGGGCAACAAUCCGAAAGGUUAUCUGCCGUCCCACUAUGAGAGAGUGCAGAUGCUGCUCUCUGAUCGUUUCCUCGGAUUCUUCAUGGUUCCUGGUCAGGUCUCCUGGAACUACAACUUUAUGGGUGUGCGCCAUGACCCCAACAUGAAGUACGACCUUCAGCUGGCCAACCCAUACGAGUUCUACCACGAAGUCCAUCGACCAUCGCACUUCCUCAACUUCGCCUCCCUGCAGGAGGGAGAGAUCUACAACGCUGACCGCGAGGACAUGUACGCCUGAGAGCCCAUGUCUGCCCUCCAUUCCCUUUGUAGAUAACUUGGUCAGAAUCAAGCCAGUCUUGUAAUAUUUCUGCUCAACCAUGACAUCAGCACAUUUUUAUGUAAAGGCUUGAGAGAAUUUUAGGAGCUUGUUCUUUUUCUUUUUUUUUUUUGUUGGUUUUUCGAAAUUAUUUUCUACAAGCAUUUUUGUCUUCUCUUAAAAUAUUUGAAAAAAGAAAUCCAGGACAAGAUUCAAACAAAUGCACAUUUGUGUGUAGUUUCAGUCAGUAAUUCAAGGUAAUUACAAUGUUUGACAUUUUCAACAGGUAGGACGAUAUGAUAAAGUGAUUAAAUGAAGAAAAGAAAAACUUUUCUCCAUGUUAGUUAAAGAUGAUGAUAGAUUCUGUCAAAAUAUAAUUAUCUGCAAAUACAACAGUGCAAGCAGAAGCUUGCAUGACAAUAUUUGGACAUUUACAGCCAUGCCAGACAGCAGGUGGAGGCUAGUUCAAAGUUGCAUCAUGUUUUGGAAACGAGGGGUUUCCACUACAUUGUCCAGUCAAUGGAAAAAUUAGUUCUUAACAUAUUUCUAAAAAACAAAAAUGAAACUUUGAAAACAUUGGAGACUUUGGAAACAUUAAAGACUUGUAACUUUCAAAAGUUCACUUGUGAGACUGUAGCUUGGAUUUAAAUAAAAACUUCGUUUUUUAUUAAAAAU